CAUUCUACUUCUCCAAUCCAACAAGCCAACCAAACAAAUAUUACUUGGCCACAUACAACAACAACAACAACAAUAGAAAGCGUAGAAUAUUGGAGAAACUGCUCUCUUGUUUUCCUCCAAAUAAAUUACCUUCUUCUACUUGCAUUCCACACAAAUAUCUAUUUCCUUUUCUUUUCUUAUAAAAGAAAAAACAAAAAAUACUCUUAACCUCAUCAAAGUUAAUAUAUCUAUUAGUUAAAGUUAUUACCUUUCUUGAUUCUAUUAGAAAGACAAUGGCUAGGCCUAAUCAAGAAGCAAUCGAUACAUUUAUCAGCAUCACUGGCGUCACUGAAUCUAUCGCCGUUCAAAAGCUCGAGGAGCAUCAUGGCGAUCUCAAUGCAGCUGUUAAUGCACAUUUCAGUGAAGGAGAUAGAAGCACUGUGCGUGACACUUCUGUUAUUGCUCCUGAAGAUGAUCUCAUGGAUAUAGAUGAUCCAGUUGAAGUGGCACCUAGGAGGAAUCCUAUGUCACUUCUAACUGAGGCUAGUACAAUGAACCCAUUCUCACUUCUUGAUCCACAAUUUCAUAGCAGUCUAUUUAAUGGUGGUUCUGAUUUUACCAACCGUGCACCAUUUGUUUCGCAACCAAGAGAGAGGAGAGAGAUACCCAUAGAGGUCAAGGAUGGUAGUGAUGCAUCCAGCCGUAGUGGUCAUGCACCUAUUAUUGAGGAUGUAACUGGAACUGUACAUACACAUGAACCUGAUAUUCAUGGAACUGUCAUAGUUGAUGAUGAAGAUGAUAUUCCAGCUAACCAACCUGGUAGGGCUGCACCAUGGACAGAGCAAAGAGGUGAUGCUUCUGGUGAUGGUGCUCUUGAGAGACAUGCUAUACCUAGCGUUCCUGAAUUUAAUAACUUACCAGACUAUAGCAAUGACAUAGAAGAAGAAAUGAUUCGAGCUGCUAUUGAGGCUUCAAAACGGGAGGCUGAGGAAGCAGAGCAAGAGAAAGCAUUGCGUGAGUUGAGGGGAAAAGUUGGAGCCUCAGAAAUGGGAGCUUCGAAGCCAGACAAGAUGGAGCUGGGGACAGUAGUGGCAUCAAAUGGCAGGGAGAGGACUGGAAGCUUAUCCAUUCAAGAAGAAGCUGAAGAUGUGGAGGAGCAGCCUCUUGUUAGACAUAGAGCGAGACGUACAUCUUCUGGCUCUGUAGUAUCUGCCAGAGAAGUUGGAGUUAUUGAGGCUAGUCCACCAACAAGUCCUGGACAGAAUAAUUUAAGCAGUCACCCACAGCGCAAUGGAGAUUCCUUCUCUGAUGAGUGGGGAGGCAUCUCUUCUGAGGAACAUGAUGAAGCUGUCAUGCUUGAGGCUGCAAUGUUUGGCGGAAUUCCUGAAGGGACUGGAUAUCGGUUUCCAUAUGCUCCUCAUCAGUUCAUGCAAGCUGAAGGCUCUUAUUCACGUGGGAUACCUCGUCCUCCAUCACCAUCCUUGCAAGCCCAGCGGUUGAUCCGUGAACAACAGGAUGAUGAGUACCUUGCAUCAUUGGCGGCUGACAGGGAAAAAGAGAUGAAGGCCAUGGAGGAAGCUGAAGCUCGUCGUUUACAAGAAGAAGCGGCUAGGAAAGCUGCUCUUGAAGAAGAUAGGCUGAAAGAGGAAGAGUCUCGCAGGAAAUUGGAGGAAGAGCAGGAAUUUGAAAGACAGUUGGCAGCAAAAGAAGCUUCUCUGCCCCAGGAACCUCCAUCUGAUGAUGAGAAUGCUAUAACACUUUUGGUGCGAAUGCCUAAUGGCACCCGAUGUGGCCGGCGAUUUCUCAAGACUGACAACUUAAGGUCCCUUUUUGACUUCAUAGAUAUUGCUAGGGUGGCCAACCCAGGUUCAUACAGACUGGUGAGACCAUACCCAAGGCGUGCUUUCAGUGAUGGAGAGAGUGAACUUACGCUGCGUGAACUCGGCCUAACAACCAAACAGGAGGCCCUGUUUCUGGAGUUGAUCUAGAAAUGAGCAGUGUUAUAAAAUUGUUGAAAUUUGCUUAUAUUUAGAAGUUUGAAGCAAUGGAUCAAAAUGGGGGGGGGAUGGGGAUUUUAUUUGGGUCUUGUACUUUUUAGACAAAUUGCAUGAAGUUUUUGGGGUAGAGGAAAAUACAUUCGAUUCUACUCAAGGGGCAGUGUUGGAGUUUGUUUCAUCGGGUGUUCAGAGGAAUGUGUUUCUUAUUGUACAUAUUUAGCAACUUAAAAAAAAAAAUUUACUUAUGGGAUAGAAUUUCAGUUCCUGGUUAGGAUCAGAAGGCUGUGUUCAGUAUUGUUAUCCGGCUUUUUCUCAAUCACGAAUACGAUUAUACCAAGUUCUUUUUA